AUGGAAACUGUUGAAAAUAAAAGUUUGCCACAGAGAUUUCCAGCUGCCAAUAUAGGCCCAUUUGAGACAGAAGAUCCACAUCCAAGCUUAUCAGAUUGGCAUGAUUAUGAGCCUAAUUUAGAAUUUGAUGAUUCUGAACUUACACAAAUUGCGCCUGAAUUGAAUGAUAACAGUCAAAUUUUAUUCGAAGAUGAGAGCUUUAUGUCGGGUGAUUUUAACGAAGUUGAAGGUCCAGUACGAUCGACAUCAAAUUUGACGAAUUUAGAUGCUGAUAAUUAUGAGGAGCAAUUAAAGCCACCAGAUAUAGAUGAGGAUGCGAUACGAUUAGACUUUAGCAAGCGUAAAUUCAUUGAUUACAUUGGAACUGAUAAGAAUGGACAGCCAAUAAUUGCAAUUUAUGCGUGUAGACUUCCCGAACGUAAAAACCUCAACAAUUUAUUAUUUAUUGAUUUUAUCAUCAAAACAAUGGAGCAAUAUGUUCAGAACGAUUAUGUUAUUGCGUACUUCCAUCAAGGACUUAAGGACAUUAGCAAGCCAUCAUUAGGAUUUUUAUGGAGCUCUUACAAAGAAUUGGAUAGGAGUUUUAAGAAGAAUUUGAAGCAACUUUAUGUCGUCCAUCCGACGACCUUUAUCAAAAUGGUUUGGUUCUUCUUUAAGCCUCUCAUCAGCGAGAAAUUCAAGAAUAAAUUGAUAUACAUCUCGAGCAUCGACGAGUUGAAGAUUCUCUUGAGUCAGAAGAAUCUUAUUGUGCCCGACAAUGUCAGAGAGUUCGAUGAGAAGCUUAAUUUAUCGUCGAAAAAGUCAUCACUGUUAAAUAACAAUAAUUCACGCAACGGCAGCAAAUUGUCACUUACAAAUCCUCCAAAAACCACACAAUUUGGUGUGACACUAAAAUUCAUUAACGAAAACAGUCCAUGCUUAAAUUAUAUUCCACCUGUCGUUCGUAUGUGUGUGGAUCACUUAUCAUUAUCUGAUGUCAUAGAUACGGAGGGAAUCUUCAGGCGAAGUGGAAAUAUAUCACGUAUAAAUGAAUUAAAGAGGAAAAUUAAUGAAGGUACUACAGUUGAUAUGUCAAGUGAGGAUACUCACGUUGUUGCUGGAAUCUUAAAGACAUUCUUAAGAGAUCUUCAUGAGCCUCUUCUAACGUAUGAGCUUUAUGAUGAAAUCAUUCAAUUUUUAGACUGGCCAAAAGAGGAGAGAUCAAGAAAUGUAAAAUUGAUUCUUCGUGAGAAAUUACCUGUUGAAAAUUAUGAGCUCUUUAAAUAUAUCAUCGAAUUCUUAGUUCAAAUUAUGGAUAGAAAAGAUUUUAACAAAAUGACAUCAUCAAACUUGGCCAUAGUAUUUGGUCCAAAUAUGGUUUGGUCUCGCAACGAUCAGAUGAGUUUGGAUGAGAUUGGCCCUAUUAAUGCCUUUGUGGAUUUCGUUUUACAGAACAAAGAUGACAUUUACAUCUUUGACAUCAAUAAAAAGGACAUCCUGAGAGAUUAA